UGCGAAAGGUAUCGGUCUCUGGCUUUCACCUGAAAGUGGGAAGAAGUGAAUUUGCACCGCUGGGGAUGACUAGAUGCGAGAGUGAGUAGUCGCGGUUGUGCCAACAAAGAAAGGGGGUGGAAUAAAUAAUGGUAAAGUCGUGACAGCUAUCCUCGCUUUCAUCUGCCUGGUCAAGUGUAAUGACACGGCGUGAAGAAAAAUAAAUAAACCCCCCCUCCAACUCCAUUAGCUGAUGUUUUCUUAGCUUUGUUCAGCUCCAGAAGUUUCACAAUUUCAGCGACGGGCUUGUAUUUGGAAAACAACACCUGACGAGGAGGUUUCUCACGGGAUCAGCUUUCUGAGGUGCAGGGGAGAAAAAAGUUGUAUCAUUUUGAUCAAAAAGCCUCUCAGUCGACCUGUUGAGAGUGCUUGAUCCGUGUCAGAGCCCAGCGAUGUGGAUCUGCAUGGUUUACAAUGAGACGGACACCAGCGUGGACUUCCGGCUCUGCCGGGACUUUGGCCUCAUCCUGUCAAUCCUCUCCCUCAUCUACCUCCUGGUGUGUUUCCCACUGGGCCUGUGCUACAAUGUGCUGCUGGUCGUGGUCAACCUCUCAAACAAGGUGUCCAUGACCAUGCCUGAUGUCUAUUUUGUCAACAUGGCCAUUGCGGGUCUCGUGCUCAACCUGGUGGCGCCUGUGGAGCUGCUGAGCUCCACCUUCACCCGCUGGCACGUGUGGGACUAUAACAACGAGGUUUACAUCACCCUACUCAUCCUCUUCAACAUCUCGUCUCUGGUUAUCAUGUAUUCCACCACGCUGCUCAGUCUGGACUACUACAUAGAGCGCGCGCUGCCUCGCACGUACAUGUCGAGUGUGUAUAACACCAAACACGUGUGCGGGUUUAUCUGGGGCGGCGCGGUGCUCACGAGCUUCUCCUCGCUGCUCUUUUAUGUGUGCAACCACAUCUCCACCAAGAUGGUCGAAUGCUCCAAAAUGCAGAACAAGGAGGCAGCGGACUCGAUCAUGAUGUUCAUCGGCUACGUGGUGCCCGCCCUGGCUGUGCUUUACGCUUUUGUGCUCAUUCUGCGCAUCAGGAAGGAAUCGACACCAUUGGAUCAGGACUCUGCUCGCUUGGACCCUUCCAUACACAGGUUGCUGCUAGCUUCAGUCUGUGUGCAGUUCGUACUGUGGACUCCGUACUACAUGACUCUUUUAGUACAUACUGUAGUUGUUGCACCGGGAUACAUUAGCAGUGCACGUUACUUACCUACCUAUUAUUUCUUGAGGUGCGUAUCUAAACUGUUGGCGUUCUCCAGCAGCUUUGCAAUGCCUCUUAUGUACAGGCAGAUGAACAAAAACUUCUCCAACAAGCUCCAGCGGCUGCUCAGGAGGCUGCAUUGCAGAGACCAGUCCUGCCCUCGUGAACGCUCAACAGUGCAGCAAGUGGUGACGUGAGAUCCCCCGCCCCCCUUGCUUGCAUUUUCCACUUCUCGGCCUAGCCAGCACUUAUCUCCCCUCUAUAGCACCAGUAUCUGACAGGGAUCUCUCACAACCCCGGACUGUUUUGAGAGCGACGUAGCUAACUCUGGAAUUUCCCGUCACCUUCCCGGAUUUUAAUCUGUUCUAUCUAGGUCUGCAAUGAUGGGACAAUGCAAACAAAAACCACUAAGUGCUGGUUUUUUUUUUUGUUUUUGUUUGUUUAUUUUUAAUACAUUUCUCCACCAAGAAACUCAGGCUUCUAGUUCAAGGGUAGUAAAUUGGGAACAAUCAUCCAAUAACUACCGAGGACAGAGUUUCACAACAAAAAAAUCCAGUUUUUCCGCGUCCUCCUUUGGGAGUGGGUGUGGUUUUUGUGCCUACAUUUCACCUCUAACACACAAGCAGAUCCAAUAAGCUAUAAAAGUUUAAUUAUCAAAUGCAGCCAAGUUACUUAGUUUUUUAACAGAACCCUCUCCACCCCUGCAAUGAUGGUGGCUGGUAUACCCAUAAGCAACCACCACUAAUGAACGGUGUGCGUGCCAGUGGAAAUCAGUGUUUACCGCCCUCAAACUAUAAGCCUCGGCCACUUCUUUUUUUUAUUUAAACUCAUUUUUCCUUCUGCUUUAAUUUGUUUUGAUUAUCAGAUUAAAUAAUCUUCACAUGUUGAAGAUGGAGUACAAUAUUAAGCGUGUCUUGGAUGCACACCAAUACUACCCUGUGGCUAGAACUAAGUACUCAUAUUAAGAUAUGUUCCCAUUUUAAUUUCAAAGAUUGUAUUCUGAAGUUUUGAUCCACUCAAACAUACAAAGAGAUUUUUUUUACGUCUGUCAAGCUCCACUAUAUAUAUACAGACACACACACACACACACACACACACACAUCUACACCACUUUGAAAUCACACAGAACUAAAUGGAACACUCACUUAAAGCUUGUAUUCAGGGUUCAGACAUAACCGGUAUACCUCGUGUGAUCUCUGCUGAUUAUAACACAGGGUCACAGAGAGAGCCCUGAGGGGUUGUCAUGCACAGGCCACAAGACUCAUGACUGGCUGUGAGGUUUUUGCACACUAACAGUAUCAAAAACCUUCUUAAACAUAUGAAAAGCCCACUUGAUGAGCACCUGGAAGCAGUGUGUACGAUACAGAAGAGUUUGAACUUUAAUGCUGCUCACAUGCACAUUAUUAUCAAAGCUGCUUUGCUUCCUUGCCUGCCAUGGUGAACGGUGAACAGAACAAUCUGUUGGCGAUGAAUCCCAGCCAUCAGAACUAAAAACACGUUCUAGCAUUCGGUCUGCUGCUUCACUGCAUUCGUUUGCAUAUUGAAUUAAAGGGCCAGUUUGUUAAUCAGCCUGUGAAAUGAUACACCAGCAAGGUGGGGCGUCCACUCAAAGUUAAAUGGAGACGGGCGCGCUCUGAUAUGAAUCGUAUGUUUGUAUUCAGUUUUAAUUUACACCUUCAAGCACGCAUUAACUCUGUUAAUGACCCAAAGCUGAGCUGAAAUGUUUGAAGUAUUUGGGUGAGUGCGCUUUUGCUGUAAAAUGUGAAGGAAUGCCAGAUGUACUAACAGGUUUGACCCUUUUUUUCUGUCAAGAUUAUAACAAAGUCACAUACACACUCUCUCUAUUUUUCCAAGCAUUUCAUGCGCCUCCAUCGUUACAUGCAUAUGGAUUCGGUCAGUGGGAAAUAGUAUUCAACUAAAACGCUUAAUGUGCUGCCCCACAAAAUCCUUGAAUGGAUUGUUUUUGGCACAGUUAAUCAUUAUUUGCUCUCAGUUCAGUGUCCUAAUGUGAACUGAGCAUUUAGAAAUGAAGAGCAAACACUGGACUGAAUUUCUAAAAGUCCUUUUUUUUUGUUAAACGUAGCAUAGAAAUGCUACGUUUUGUAAUUAUAAGUUCAUUCCUCUGAAAAACGUACUUAAAUUGAACUUAUGCAGUUCAUGUGAUAUACGAUCAACUGCAUGUAAGUGUUAUGAAAAGAUAUCCAAACAGAGGGUGCUCAUAAUUAAUCUUUUUUAGCAUAAGUCCUGAAGCUUCACCAAACGACACUAAGAGAAUGACAAUCACGUAGAGAUUCCAGUAGCUAAAUAACUGCACUGUUUUGCUUCAAAACACCAUCGAGUUUUUCUGAAUUGCUUGAAGAUGAUGUGUGCAUGUGCUGCCUAACUUUGCCUGAUCAGUUUUCUUUAACCACUGCUGCAAUUUCAUCCAUUAGUCUGUUUUUUUAAAAAUGUUUUUUAACUAUCCAACGCCAAUCCCUCUGCAGAAUUAAUGAUCAGCGGUCACUACAUGGAGUGAUUGCGUGAUGUUCACAACUAGAAACUAAAGCGCGAUCAAAGCUCGAAUCACACCUAACUCAGAUGGCUGCUCGUGUCUGAGAAUGGUUUAUUAUUUCAGAGGCGGCCAAAACCUCGCGUCGGCGCAAAGAAACAGCCCUAAGAGUUCUUGUAUGUUGAACGAGUACAGAUACAUUUUAGUUAUUUGAACAACCAAACCUCAAACAUCCAGAUGAAUCCACAUUCAGAUGUUAUGCUUUUGUGACUGUUUAUACAAGUGUAUAUGUAUAGUACAAAAUGAUUUGUAUAUAUUGUAUGUGAAAGUCUUGCAGGAGGACACCGUGCUCUUUGAAAAAAUACAGUAUUAUUUUCUGAGAGAUAUAUUUAGAUUCUGUAAGUACUCUACUGUCAGCUGAGUCAAAGACUGAUUAAACAAUAAACUAAAAUGGAUAUAACCGCUCCUUCCUGUCUCAGUGAAAUCUUACCAUUCGUAUGGUCAUGUGAACAAUGUUUCUGUUUGUCAGAUGUUUGUAUUAUUUUUAAAUACUGAACAUGGUUGUGUUUUGAAUCCAUAGAUCUGAGCUUACGUGGAUGUUGGCUAAGUUAAAGUCAUCUUGAGAUGUUGGUUAUUGGUGGACUGGUGGUGCAUAUGCAUGUAAGCUGUUCAUUAAUGACACUAAUGUCAGUAGUACCCCUGAUUAGAUGAUGGGAUGAGUGAAUCAGCUCUGAUGUAGGCAUUUAUAUACUCACUGGCCACUUUAUUAAUUACACUUUGCUUGUACCACCACAAUCUGCCUUCAUUCUUGACAGUAAAGAUUCAACGAGAUGUUUUCGUGUUGUUUGUGUCACAUUUUUAACCUACCAUCUUAAUGUUACAGCAAAGAUAGAGGCUCGUCU